ACUAGAGCAAGCAUUUGAUUCAGGAUUGGUAAAGCAUUUGAUUCAGGAUUGGUAGGUCAAAAAAGAACUUUAUAGUCUGAAGAUCACUUAUUUUUUAUAUAUAAUCAGGCCGCCGCCUCUCUCUCCCUCUGUCUUGUAGCUGUCGGAAUCCUAAUAUGCUGAGAAGAUAUCUUAGGUUGCGCAAUCCAACAAUCGAAGAAUUGUUUCCCUUUUUGUUGGGCAAGCCUUCAAAAGGAUCCACUUUUCUCAAGGACGGCCUCGUCGAGUUAAGGGAUCAGAACACAUCAGCAGAUUUUAUUUCGUUUUAUGAAGAACUGUUGCCGUAUGCUCAAACUCAGCAGUUAAUUAAGCUGCAUAUAGAAUUGAUCUUCUCAAAACUUGUCUCUGAAUUACAAAUGGAUGCCAGAUUCUCUCUUGAUCCUAUCCUCAGGUUGAUUGCUGCUUUAUCGGGAGAUCUCAGGGAGGAGUUUGUUCCCUUCCUUCCACGGGUUGUCAACUCAUUAGUAAUUCUCCUGAAUAAUGGUGGUCUGAAAGAUGCAGAGACUAUUGAGCAGAUAUUUACAUCCUGGUCUAAAAUAAUGGAUUACCUAAGGUUUUAUUUCGCAGGCGACAUCCGUUGUGCUCUCAGAAAUACAUUGGAGCUGAGGUACUACCCUAGUGACAUUGUCAAUGAAAGAAUGACAAAAUCGAUGGCAUGCGUGGUGAGACCAGCUCGGCUCAGUCAGCUUGAAAAAGGGAUCAAGAUGAUCCUUUCUGAAGUUGCAGAGCAACCGGAAAGAGCUGCAAGAGCUGGUUUCCUCUAUUAUGAUAUGAUGGUGAGGCUGCAGAGAUCUUAAAAUGAAGCGGCAAAACUAUGAGCUGGUCGUCGGUUUCUUAUAAUCUUCAAUCAAAACUUGACAAUUUUAAAUUAUUUUUAAGAACUUAAAUGUGAAGAUUCUUAGAUCUCUCUAGUACAUGUUAGCUUUUGUUGUUAUAAUUUACUCUGUACUUCCGUUACAAAUGAUUCAAGAUACAAUGUUUCUGAUAAAAAAAAUUAUUAAGCUGUUUUAAAUGA